AUGUCUUCACUGAACAUUGUACAAUAUAUCUUGGUCAGAAGUGAUUUGAUUAAAGAAUUGCAAUGGCCUUUAGGGGCAGUUAUUGCACAAGCUUGCCAUGCUGUUACAGCUACAACACAUUUAUUUCAUGAUGACGAAUACACUAAAAAGUACUUGGAGGAUUUGGACAAUAUGCACAAAGUUGUCUUAGAUGGCCUGAAUGAGCAGUCCUUAUUAUCUCUCCAGGAAAAAUUGAAUGAGGCUGAUAUUAAACACAAAUUAUGGAUUGAGCAGCCAGAAAACAUUCCAACUUGUUUAGUAGUAAAGCCUUAUCCCAAAGAGGAAGUGCAUAGAUAUUUUAAAAAGUUUAAAUUGUUUAAAGGUAUAUAAAUCAAGAAUUUAUUUUAUUCAUAUUUAAAAAGAAACAAGAAAUAAAUUCCUUUAAGGAAACAAUGUGUAAUAA